UCAACCAUGUCAAAGCUUUCUCCUAAAUCGGUUAUUACCACCUUAUCGAAAUACUCUCCUUGUGAUGUUUCUGAUUCCUUGGUUAAACACGGAAUCGCCAACGGUGGCUACAUUCCUAAUUUGCUGAUUCGCUCUCCCCAGAUUUUGAAAAAUUCGGUUGUUGGUAAAGCUUACACCGUUUUAUACGCUCCUAAAUCUGAUCCUAGACCUGCAGUUAAACAAUCUUAUGUUGAUGAAAUCCCAGAAGAUGCUAUGGUGGUUAUUGGUUUACCUUUAAAUCAACAAUUGACUUCUGCCCCUUACGUAACGGUAAAUAAUGCCUUGUAUGGAGGUUUGAUGUCUACUAGAGCCCAAUAUCGUAAAGCAAAUGGCUCAGUCAUAUUAGGUCGUAUCAGAGACUUAGAUGAACACCUCAACUUGAACUUCCCCGUUUGGUCCUAUGGCGUGGGUAGUACUCAAAAUGGCCCGGUGGUUAAGGUUGUUGGUAUUAAUGUCCCGUUGCAAAUUAAGGUCAAUUCCAUCAACGCAGACGAUCCUCCAGAAAUUCUCACCAUUCAACCUGAGGAAUACAUUGUUGCUGAUAAGAAUGGAGCUGUCAGAAUACCAAAUCAACAAGAUUUGGAUUUCGAUUCCGUCUUGGACUAUAUCCCCAAAAGAAUCGACGCCGACGAACACGUAAGAGAGGACAUCACUAACGGGAAAAACUGCUCAGAGUCCCAGAAAUACUGGCGUAGCAAGAUCUAA